CCGAGGAGCUGAGCAGGUUAGCUUCACGUCUGACAUACGAACACGUAUCCAGCGGCUAUUUCGCGUUAAAGACAGUAAAUUUCAGCCCGUAUGUUUUGUUUGCGAUGCUGAAAAAAACUACAAAUGAACCAUGUGACGGGUGGUAUGUCCAUAACAGAGCGCGGGGGGCCAGUUACUGACCAUGGAUAGAGAUUUACUCAGGCAGUCCGUGUCGUAUCAUGGACCAAGUCUGUUUUCUCUUUUAAAAUGUGAGCAAAGUGAAAAUCCCGACUUUAAACAAGUUGUUGCGGAUCUCUCCAAAUCGGUGAACCAAAGCGAUAAAGACGAUGACAGUCCAGUUGUGGAGCAGUUCAUCGCCAGAAAGGCUGAUCUUCUGUUUGCUCCUUCAUGGAAGUCCACUACACUGGUGGAGGAGGAGUGGCAAGAAGACUUAAGAGAACCGUACGCCAUCAUGCCGCCACUGGAGCAGUUCAUGGAAGUUUCUUAUGAAGAGAGGAGAGAACUUUUCUACAGAGAUGUGGAACGAGGGGAUUUAGUUAUAGGGAGGAUAACAUCAAUCCGAGACUUUGGUUUCUUUGUUAAUCUUCUUUGCACUGCUGGAGACUUUGAGAGGGACAUUGAGGACCUGGAGAUCACGGGUCUCUGUCCCGUACGAGAUGUACCAUCAACUGGAAACCACGAUGAUCCUUUGUCUUAUUACCAGAUUGGGGAUUUGAUUAGAGCCGGUGUGAAGGACAUAGACCGUUAUCAUGAGAAGCUGACCAUCUCGCUGUAUUCCUCCUCACUGGCUCCAAACCUGGACCGCAUUAAACUGGGUGUAAUAAGCAAAGAGGAUCUUCCGCUUCACUACAUCCGUGGAGAAAAAGUGGGCAGUGGCAACAGUGAUGCGUAUGAGAGGCUACUGGACAGCUCACCGGGCUUCUCCAACCCAGCCAACGUGGAUGUUCUGCUCAGAAAGCUGGGAAUUAAUGAUACACGGUCUCCUUCGUUAAUGAGAGGAUUACAGAGUAAACAUUUCAUUGAGGAUGAUUUCGCGACUGCCAUCCGGAAAAAGCAGUCUGCGUCUUGGGCCCUGAAAUGUGUGAAAGCUGGUGUGGAUCACUUCAAAUCAGGACGGCAUGUAGAUGCCAUGAAUGAAUAUAACAAAGCCUUAGAGAUCGACACCAAUAAUGUCGAAGCACUCGUUGCACGCGGAGCUCUGUAUGCAACUAAAGGCAGCUUGAUGAAAGCUAUAGAUGACUUUGAGCUAGCCUUGGAGAGCUGCCCAACACACAGGAAUGCAAAGAAGUAUCUCUGCCAAACACUUGUGGAACGAGGUGGCCAGCUGGAGGAGGAGGAGAAGCUGGUCACAGCAGAAGGGCUUUAUAAGAGAGCAAUAGCCUUGGACGACACGUUUCAGGAGGCAGAUGAAGCGCUGCAGAAGCUUCAGAUGCGCAUCCAGAAAACUCUUAAACUGAAAGCUGAGGAGGCUUCUAGGGAGAAGGAGAAGCAACAGACUGCGGAGACCAGUGCAGAAAAGUUGCGUAAGAUCUUAAAAGAAGAAAAAAGAAUAAAGAAGAAAAGGAGGAGGUCAGACUCCUCCUCUGUAACGUCCUCCAGCUCCGAGUCCUCCAGCGAGAGCUCCUCGCCCUCAUCCAGCCGCAAAAAGUCCAAAAAACGAAAGCACAAGCGACGGCGCUCCUCGCACGGAAGUAAGAAGCGCAAACGGAGAAUUUCGUCUCAAGACAACCGAACGCCUGAAGAAGAGGAGGAGUAUCCGCUUCCUGCCAACACCUCGGCCUCCUUCAUGGACCAGAAACAAGCCCUAGCCAAGCUCCUCGCUGAGGAAGCUGAAGCAGAAGACGGGGGGAAGUCUCAUGGCAAAAGCAGAGGUAGGUGUGACGACGAUCCGUUUGGCCACAGUCCGCAGGCACAGAGCAGCAAGCCCAGAGGUCAGCAUGAUGGUCCCGGAGUGAACGGCCACAAACAUCGCCACAAAUCCGACGACAGCCGCAGCAGCCGUAAGGAGAGUUCUCACGACUUCUCCAGAAGCAGGAAGGAUUCCUCUUCCUCGGCUUAUUCGGAGCACUCCCGCAAAUCUGACCGGCCCCCGAGGGACGAGUCGACGCAGGCCAGGGGCCAGGGCAGCUCAGAGGUGAGCAGAUAUGACCGCAGGGUCAGCAGAGGAAGUGACGGGAGCGAGCGCAGGCUGAGCAGUGGAGAUGGAAGCAGGGCCUCAGAGGGAGACCACAAAAAGGACCUACCUGCUAGUUUACAAGACAUCUUCAACCAGAUCGCCGAGUUUGAGAAAGAGAGGAAGAAGAAAUGAACCGAAGACUGUUGUUCAGUAUUUGAAGAAAUGAAAUGAAUAAAAAUCGGUGAGUGCUUGGCUGACACCUGAUGUGACAGCGCACCACGAUAGUAAACGAACAUUUCUCGCUCCUUUUAUUUUCUCUUCCCAGCGCUCAGAGAUGCUUCCUUGUAAUUAUACAAAGACUGCCGUUGUUUACCAUCAAAGCUUGUGUUUCUGCUUCGGACGGUUUCAGGUCAGAUCUGUGUCUUCAAAUUGAUAAAGAUAAAGGGAGAAGUUUGAGGGUUAAAGCUACAAUCAGUACGUUUUUAUCUUUUGUACGUUGGAUCUUUGCCUUUUUUCUGUCCUCCGCGCAGCUGCUUUUCUAAUUAGUUGUAAACUGUGCAGAUGAGCAAUGCCUUUGCGUUUACACGGCUCUGAAAAUGUACUGAUUGUAUCUUUCUCAUGGUAGAUUAGAUGUAUCUGCUGAUUUUUAACAGACACGCCUUUUGUUUGACCUGUUUUGGGAAUGCAGAAUAUGCAGACUAUGUAUGUGCAUAUCCUAAUAAACUGAAGUUUAUGCCUUUUCA